UGUUUCUGUCCAAUUGUGAUUUGUCCUAAAGCCGCUUUUGAAGAAGAAGACUACUAGUACGUUUACUUUUCUCCAUUUUAAUCAGAGCUUCAUACUCAGCUCUCACUCACCACGAGGACCUCUCUCUCCCGAUCUCUCUCGCUAUUCCUUUCUGCUCCUUCUAUCGUCUUCACUACUGCAUUUUGAUACUGCACACUAGUGAUUCAAAAUGUUUCGCCGCAAGACUACUUCGCAAGCUGAACAAGAGAAUAACGAGGCAGCUCUCAGAGAGGCAAAGAUCAAAGAGGUCAAGACUCUCAUAGGUGAGCUCUCUGGAAGGAGUUCACUCUACUGUUCAGAUCCCUGUCUUAAGAGAUAUCUUGAAGCUAGGAACUGGAACGUUGGCAAAGCCAAGAAGAUGCUUGAAGAGACGCUGAAAUGGAGAUCAACCUUCAAACCUGAGGAGAUCCGUUGGAAUGAAGUCUCAGGUGAAGGUGAGACUGGUAAAGUCUACAAAGCUGGAUUCCAUGACAGAAGUGGAAGAACUGUUCUCAUACUCAGACCAGGUUUGCAGAACACCAAGUCUUUGGAGAACCAGAUGAAACAUUUAGUGUAUCUCAUUGAGAAUGCUAUCAUGAAUCUCCCUGAGGAUCAAGAACAGAUGUCUUGGCUCAUUGAUUUUACGGACUGGUCGCUGAGCACCAGUGUGCCUAUCAAAUCCGCUAGAGAAACUAUCAACAUACUGCAGAAUCACUACCCUGAGAGACUAGCUGUCGCUUUCCUCUAUAACCCUCCAAGGCUCUUUGAGGCAUUCUGGAAGAUAGUGAAGUACUUCAUUGAUGCAAAGACAUUCAUCAAGGUGAAGUUUGUUUACCCGAAGAACCCUGAAAGCGUGGAGCUUAUGAGCUCGUUUUUCGACGAGGAGAACCUCCCAACGGAGUUUGGAGGGAAGGCUUUGUUGCAGUAUAACCAUGAAGAGUUCUCUAAGCAAAUGAACCAAGACGAUGCUAAAACUGCAGACUUUUGGGGACUGGUUCACAGCAGCAGUGAAUUUUCCGGAGCUGAGAUUGCUCCUGAGCCAAUCCAAACCAACCCUUGAAACUGGCUUUGAAAGGCUAUGUAUUGUUGUAACCAACCCUUUUUCAUAUGGGGACUAAGAUAAAGAUAUAGCUCUUGAUGCUUAGAGGAGAGACGCAGAGAUGUAAGAUUUAGACUCGGUAUUUGAUUAAAUAAAAGGAUUUGUGUGUUA